GAACCAAACACGCUUGGUUAAUUCUUAAUUCUGAUUCCGCGUGUUAAUUCUUACUUAAUUCCGCAGCAAACACGGCGUUACUGUCUUUUCAAUUGGCACUUACCGUAGUAUGGCCAGAACUCUGCAAGGGCUCCGACUUGCAGGAUCGUUGACUUGCAGAAGCGCGUUAAACAGCCAGGCUUUGCAAACUUGCGAGAGGAUAGGAAGAGCCCCGGACUCCUCUCGUCUUCCAUCGGUCCUUCCCAGAGCCGCGAGCUCAAGACCCAAGUAGAGGCUGCUGCAAUUGAUCAGAAAAAAACCAAAGCUGACAUUCAUGGCGGUGGUCCUGGAUGUCUUGGCGUCCUAUGUCCAAAACAUGUUGAUAGAGAUGGCCAAAGAAGAGGUGCACAAGCUGCUAGGGGUCUCUGGAGAGAUUGAUAAGAUGUGCACCAAGCUCGGAGACCUCAAGAACUCCCUCGCAGAUGCUGAUAGGCGGAACAUCACUGACAGUAGUGUGCAGGCAUGGGUUAGAGAGCUUAAGGGUGCCAUGUAUGAGGCCACCGACAUCCUUGACCUAUGUCAACUCAAGUCCAUGGAGAGACAACCAGGUAUGGAUACGGGAUGCUUCAACCCCUUGCUCUUUUGCAUGCGGAAUCCUCUCCAUGCCCAUGACAUCAGCAGCCGAAUCAAGAACCUUAACAAGAGGCUAGAUGGCAUCAAGAACCGUGGCGCUGCCUUUGACUUCAUCAACCUCGUAUCAUAUGAGGACCGCAACCGAAUGGUGGCAUCCUUUCAUCCUUCUAAACGGGAGACAUCGGGGGAGCUCGACGGUUCAGGUGUGGUUGGUGAAAAGAUCGAGGAAGACACAAAGAGUCUAGUGCGAAUGAUGACACAAGGGACGGAAACUAGCUAUGGAGAUAAAAAUAUUUUGAUUUUUGCUAUUGUGGGAGUUGGUGGGAUUGGUAAAACCACACUUGCCCAAAAGAUCUUUAACAACAAAAUCGUACAAGAAGAGUUCUCAAAGAAAAUUUGGUUAAGUGUUAACCAAGAACUUAGUGCGAUUGAGCUAUUGCAGAGAGCCAUAACUGAAGCCGGGGGCGAUCACCAAGCAGCUAGUAAUACAAAGGGUGCACUUGAGCGAACCCUUAAGGAAGCCUUGAAUGGGCAUAAGACUUUAUUAGUGAUGGACGAUGUUUGGAACCAUGAAGCAUGGGAAGGUGUGCUCAAAACUCCCUUGAUCAACACCCUUGCUCGUGGUAGCCGUGUUCUUGUCACCACAAGGGACAUCAGAGUUGCCCGAGGGAUGAUGGCGGAGGAACCAUACCACCAUGUCAAAAAGUUAGAACCUGAAGUUGCCUGGUCCUUGCUCAAGAACCAGGUAGUUGGGAAUGAAAACAAUGAACCACAGAUUGAUAUGCUAAAGGAUAUUGGAAUGGGAAUUAUAGAAAAAUGUGAUGGUUUGCCACUUGCUGUCAAAGUAAUGGGAGGCCUCCUACGCCAGAGAAGGGCAAGACGAGGCGAUUGGGAAAAUGUUCUAAAUGAUUCUAUAUGGUCAGUAUCUCAAAUGCCUGAAGAGCUAAACUAUGCAAUAUACCUCAGCUACCAAGAUUUGCAUCCAAGUUUGAAGUCUUGCUUCCUACACUACUCCCUCCUCCCCAAGAGCACAUGGUUCUAUCUUGAUGAAAUUGUUGGCAUGUGGAUUAGUGAAGGAUUUGUUCAUGGAAACUGGCAUGACUUAGAAGAAUUAGGGAGACAAUACUAUGAAGAGCUAAUACUGAGGAAUCUUAUAGAACUGGAUAAAAAGUACAUUGAUCAACAAGUCUGUAACAUGCAUGACGUUGUUCGCUCAUUUGCCCAAUAUGUGGCUAGAAAUGAAGCACUAGUGGCUCACAGAAUUGAAAGUGGUAUUUUUGAUAAACUUAAUUCACAAAAGUUUAUUUGGUUAUCAGUAGAAACCACAGGAUCAGAAUCAAAUGAAUUAGAAUGGAGUUCUCUACAAGCACAGAUAUCAGUGAGAACAAUGAUAUCAGUUGGGCAUAUAAAAUUCAAGCCCAGUGAUUUAUUGCUAUCUUUUUCACGUCUAAGGAUCCUGCAUAUACAAUCUGCAGAAUUUGACACAUUGGCUGAAUCUUUCUUUAGAUUUAAACACUUGAGGUACUUGUCCAUAAAACAUACCAACAUAUCUAGACUACCAGAAAGCAUUGGCAAGAUGAAAUUAUUGCAGCACAUUAGCCUUUUCGGUUGUAAAUGCCUGGUGAAACUUCCUGGUAGCAUCGCAAAACUACAACAGUUGAGGCUUCUUAACCUUAGUGGCACAAGUAUAACCCAUAUACCUAGAGGUUUGGGUGUUCUAACUAAUCUGAGGAAAUUAUAUGGGUUUCCAGCCCAGAUUGAUGGUGACUGGUGCAGUUUGGAAGAAUUGGGGCCUCUCUCCCAGCUUAUUGAUCUUCAUAUAAGGGGUCUGGAGAAUGUACCUUCUUCCUCAUUUGCUUCAAAGGCCAAGCUUAGUGAAAAAGUGCGCCUAAGCUAUCUACGCUUAAGUUGCACUAGUGGACAUGGCCAUGAUGAUGGGUUGGUAAAAGAUAAAGAAAGAAUCUUUGAGGAACAGCAGAGAGUAAUCGAGGAGGUGUUUGAUGAGCUAUGCCCUCCAUCUUGCCUAGUGAACCUUGCAAUUUUAAGGUACUUUGGUCGGAGGCUCCCAGCAUGGAUGACGUCAACAGCAGUUGUGCCCUUUGGGAAUUUGAGGAUUCUAACAAUGAUAGACUUGCCUUGUUGCAUGGAGCUCCCAGAUGGCCUGUGUAAGCUCCCAUGCUUGGAAUUCCUACAGAUUGACCGAGCCCCAUCAGUCAAACACGUUGGGCCAAAAUUCCUAAAGCCAUACCAUCCAGAGAACUUAGGUUCUGUUGUUGAGUUUGAGGUGUUGGAAAGCCCUGAGCUGGAGAGAAUCUGUAACCUCCCAAAAUUGCAGAGGCUUUGCAUCUCCAUGUGCCCAAAGAUUAAGGAAUUGGACGGUCUGUCUGCAUUAGAGAUGCUUAAGCUAGAGGAUUAUGACAUGAAUACUCUCCCCGGAUACUUGCAGGACAUAAAUCUAAGGCAUUUGCAGAUAUAUUGUGACAUAUCACUGCUCACAUCCAUAGCCAAUGGGAAAUCUAGCCCUGAGUGGGAUAAAUUCCAACACAUCCAGCAAGUCAAUGCAUAUGCAGAUGAUGGCAAAGACAUCGUUCCAAGAAAAUGGUAUGUGUCGUACACAAAAGAUCCUUUCAGCUUUGAGACAAACUAUAUCAGUCCUACCUUCGUUUCAGGGCAUGGAGAGGAGGAGCAGGGAAGUGCGUUGCGAAGAGCAAGGAAGCCCCUGCCGCCCACCCGCUGCCUUCGUCGCUUCCCCAGUGGACCAGAAAAGUGAAACUUGGACCCACGCGGAUAGAGUUAUCUAGCUAAUUUUAGCUCUAACUGAGUCAAACACAGGUCCAGCUAAUUCCCAGCUAAUAACUAUCCAGAUAGCUGCCUCCACCCAACUAAUCCUAGGAAACCAUCAACUCUAGGCCUUAGCUGAUUACCAAGAAUCGAGUUACCUUUUAUGCCUACUGAUGGUACAUAAGAAGACCCACCUCAAUAUUUGAUUUGUUACUUUGUUAGCUCUAUCUGAUUGUACAAUAACAAGAGCCACCUCAAUGUUAGUUUAAACAAGUCUUCAUCAUAUUUGUUUGUUUGUAUUUUUUUUAUAACUAAUAUAUCAAUCCUGCA